UAGGGAUUCAAGGGGCCUGGGUUCGAAUCCCGGUCUGGUCCGCUGCAUUUUCUCCCUUCCUGUUACAUUUGGUGCCGUAGACCAGCCCCUGGAACUGACAGGUGAAUAUGCCUGCCAGGGGACAAAGAUCCUGGGCUGAAGGUGUGAAGACAUUUAAGGAGGGAGGAUUGUAGCGGUCAGCCGGGUUCGAUCGCCGGUGGCUAGUUAGCUCAGUUGGUAGAGCACCUGACUAGAGAUUCAGGGGGCCCGGGUUCGAAUCCUGGUCUGGUGCGUUGCAUUUUCUCCCUUUCUGUUACACAAGCUUUAUCAACUGGAACACCAGAACAUAUUCCAUAUGUAACCUAUUUAAUUCUUUCAUCACAUCCGGUUUACGAAACACUUAGGGGUACACAUUCCUCAUGUAACUUAUCUAAUUCAUCACUUCCGUUUUACCAAACACGUAGGGAUGGAUGGUAUACAUUCUGAAAAUUAAACUUCGGGGAAUUGAAGUGAGGUGUAUACAGGAAGUUUCUAUUUGUUUAAAAAUAUGCCCAAGCAUGUCGUAUACACCUACAUGUAUACCAAAAUGAUAAUUCUCAAUGCUUCCUUCAUGAAUUGAAAAGGUGAAAUCGAGGCACAGGGAUCAGAAUAAAGCACAAAGUUCAAAAUUCUGCAGAAGGGUAGACAGGGAAAGGCAGGACUCACGGCGAUGUGAAAGUGUGUAACGAAGAACAAGACUCGUUUGUAGACUGAACAAAGAGAAGAGGAAGUUCUACAAGCUGGACAUGAUGAUUUCAAUUGUGCUAAAGCUUACAACGUUUUCGCUUUUGACGACGGCGCUAGAUUACAAAGAUUCGUUUUGUCCAGACACGAUAUGCCUUUGUCCAAAUAAUUAUACAGCCGAUUGUUCAUAUCGAAAUCUUGCAGUUGUUCCUGCUGGACUUCCGAUUGGAAUAAGUGUUCUCAUCAUAACCGGAAAUAGCAUUCCUGUUCUAAAAAAGGAUACAUUUAAAAACGUAGAAAAUUUGAAAAUAACGAAGCUUAUUAUGAAUCGAUGUGAUACAACCGAUAUUUCCCUCGGAGCCUUCGAUUACGUCAGAGAUCUUUUAACUCUAGACUUGGCAUUUAAUGCUCUCAAUGGCUUGAAUUGUGGAUUUCAAAAUCUAUCGCAACUCCAGUCUCUCAAUAUGUCGAGUAACAAUUUCACCCAAAUUCCACCAAUACUCAACUCUCUAGGUAAGCUGAAUGAAUUGGUGCUGAGGGAUAACAGAAUCCAUACUUUCCUCUCCGGGAGGUUGCGAUUGAACUCGCUGCAAAAAUUGGAUUUGAGUUCUAACAGAAUAAGGGAUUUUUGUUUUCAAGCAUUUCCUAAUUUGCUAGUUUUAAAUCUUACCGAUAACCAGAUUAUAUCCCUGGCACACUUUUGUACACAAGACCCGCCAAAGUUAGAAAAUUUGCAGAUUGCAAUUAAUCAUCUUUCCAAUACGAAUGAGUUUUACACAUAUGGAAACCGUUUUACCAGCUUACGUCAUCUGAAUAUCUCUUUCAACCCAUUUAGUCUCAUUACACAAAAUUCGUUUUCAAUGUUAUCAAAAUUGAAAACACUGCAUAUUGCGCGUCUUCUAGCCUACGGUGUCAACGUCGAGGAACAAGGGUUAGCUUCAAAUUCUCUCACCGAACUAUUUUUCGGAAGCAUGAUUCUACAAGAAAUGACCGUAGAGGAGAUCAGAAACAUUUUGAAAUAUUGUCCCAAUCUUCUAAGAUUGGAUCUCGUCAACAUUGACUUUUCUCAGUUUUCCCCGGAUCAGUUUGUGGAGGUGUUAUCUCCCCUUCAACGUUUGACCGCACUGUCUUUGUUGCAUUGCAACAUUGACGUGGUUCCGCCCUUGGAUACCUUCACAGAGUUAUCGUACCUAGACCUUGCUUUUAAUCACAUAGGCGGACUUCUUCGGGACAUGUUUUCCAAUUUGAAAAACUUGAAGCAUAUUUCUUUCCACAAAAAUCAUUUAACUAUUAUCUCGGAGUCAUCUUUUCCAGAUUUCAUAUGGUACGGGAAUGGUGUAAAGAUCGACUUGUCCAAUAAUUCAUUUGACUGUUCCUGUGACUUAGAAUGGUUCCAAACUUGGUUGAAAAAUAACAGUCAGAAAAUGAUUCGUUAUCCCGAAUUUUAUGAAUGUAAUGCUCCAAUUAAAUGGAAGGGACGCAAAGUAUCCGAAUAUGUUUCGUAUGAUUGUCACUUGCCAAGCCAAAGUCUCAUUCUCUCUUUUACUGUACUUGGGUUUUUAUCAAUAUUCAUAUUUAUAGUCGUUUUGUUGAGAAAACUUCAAUGGGAUAUAAAGUAUUAUUUCCACAUUUGUAAAAAUAGGAAGCCAUUCAAUUAUAAAACAUUGUUAAGCGAUGUCAAUUUAUACGAUGGAUAUGUCGCCUAUAACUUUAGAGACAGAAAGUGGGUUAUGUCAAAAGUUGUCAAACACUUAGAGCAGAUGAACCAGUAUAGACUUUGUCUUCAUGAGAGGAACGUCCUUCCAGGGGGUUCAAUUGUUGACGACAUAAUUGAAAAUAUCGAUGCUAGUCGAAAAUUUAUUCUUGUUCUUUCAAAUAAUUUCAUGGAUGACCAGUGGUGCAAAUAUGAAGCCAACAUUGCAAAUCAUAUGUUAGCUGACGGAAAAGGCGAAAAAAUAAUUAUCUUACUCCUGGAGGACAUUCAAUCCCAACAUCUAACGAGUUCUUUAAAAGUACUCCUUAAAUCUACAAGUCAUGUGAAAUGGACUGAGAAUGCUAAUGGACAAAAACUGUUUUUCAAAGCUUUAAGGCGUCUCAUGGAUAAAUGAAGAAUGCGUUUUAUACCUAGGAGAAAGCUCUUGUUGAAAUAUGACUGUUCAUUACUGUUUGUCGAUUUAAAAGGAUUGGCGCUUAAUCUAUUGAUGUUAAAUCCAUGUACCUAUGUAAUGUUAACCUGUCAUCACUAGAGUCAUCUGAGCCCUUCGGAUGACCUCUCCUUUUUAUGGGAUCUCUUUAGCAAAGGACCAACCCAUAUAGCACCGUGUUCUCAUCAAAUGUAAAUUGGAAAAAGGGAAAAUAUCUGUUUCACAGAAAGGAGUCGUACUAGCAUAUGUGAAAGGACAACGUUCUGAUGUCAAAACAUAUACGCAAAUAGACACUAUAUAGAACGUAUAUACCCCUCCAUGUUAUUUAUUACUAACUGCCAGUCUAUAUAAACCGUCUUUUUCUUUUUAAAUUGCUUCAUUGAAUUUAAGAAUUCAUUGAAAGAUGGUCUAUGUGUAUUGUCAACCAAUCUUUCGUCUUCUCUAAACAAGGGUUUAAGAUCCACUUCGCAUCUCGGAUCGUAAACCCUUAACUAGCGAAGAUGCCUAUCUUUAUUCGUAUGCUAACAAUAUUCGUGAAAUUAGCGACAACUGCUCAAUCGCAAAUGUUUGUAGCCGCGAACAGAUAGAUUAAUGUUAGUUUGUAUGCCUGAUUUCAUAAUAAUAGUUGCGGACAGAUUUUCUACGGCUAAACGUGAUUAAUUGUAAUUUCUAUCGUUACGAUAGUAUAGCGAGAAAUAUUUGUCCUAACGACAUGUUUAGAAUUUCAAUAGCGGAAGUGUCGUGGGGUUAUUUUGAAAAGUUUCCAUAGCAAUGACCAAUGAGAUUUAAGUAUAUUAUUAUGUGUUCGAUUGAGAACCUCGGGGCUGUAUUGUCACUGUCUAGCUCACGCUCUUCUUGAGCAAGUCAAGUUGGGUUUUUUAUAUUAAUAAUAUUUGAAUUAAAACAGCAAUUUCUUUUUUGUAAAAAUGAGGGUCCGCCAUUUAAAUGUAUUUUGUUUACAUCGCACUAUACUGCCGCGGACACACAGGUUUCCAUAGUUUUUCACAAACACUGUGGUUUUUAUCUAUGGUUUUCCCUGGGCGGCGAGGGAAGCACAUUUAUAGUAUUUUGGAAAUAAUAUAGGUAUCACGAGUGUGUUUUGUCAAGCAAUGCCUAUGAUUGCAUUAUAUUACGUGUUGUUUGUGGUAUAGGCCUAUAUGUACUCAAAAUAGAUAAAGGCGUCAUCUCGCACGGUGCACUACAAUGCAGUUAAGUAAAUUGUUUGUCUUUUCAUUUUAUGAUCAGGUGUAUGAUAGUGAAGUGUGGACUGACAUGUUUGUAAUACCUUUAGUGAUAAAAUAAAGAGCACUGUCUUGCAUGACAAACUAGAUAUUUAGUAUUUAUAUGAUAUGUUUCACCGUAAAAAAAAAAAAAUAAUAAAGUCCAGAAUUUUUUAUACAACAGCGUAAAAGAUCUUGCACUCAGUCAAUUUCAUGUAAUGUAUUGUAUAAUUGUGUAUUUUUCAUAUUCGGUUUGCAGAGAAAGUUUUAUAUUUUUCAUAUUCAGUUUGCACAGCAAUUUAUUGUGACAAACAAAUAUAUAGAUCAGUUUAUAGUUGAAAAUUAUGAAAAAUUGAAUCAUU